AUGGACAACUAUCCGCGCGGCAGCUUGGACCACAACAUUCCCUUCCUCCUCACCCUCGGCGUCUCCCCUCCCAACUCCAGCUCAGCCCACAACCCUGAACUGGGCAAGACUCUCAAGGACCAGGCCAUCGAGGUCCGGUCCGAUCUUCCUCCUCUCGAUCUUCCUCCCGCGCAAGCUCUGUUACACUACAUCCAAGAGCGGGAUGCCUCGACCUUACCAUGCAUCGCAUACGAGCACCAGCUUCGCUACCGGUUCCGGGUCAAGUCAGCAGAGAGGUCCUUCCUGCUGCCUCCCCGCCGCGCCCGCUUGCCCGAAGGGAUAGAAGCUCCUCCGGGUGCCAUCCUCCAUUCGCCAUUCUCGCCUCUGACUCCGAUAUCCCCUCUGUACCCCGACGGCCUGAUCGAUGGGCAAUGGACGCUGAAACACCAGGAACUGAUUCCCAGUGUCGUGCUCUGCUUCUACAACCUCGUCUCCGACCCAAAUCAGUCCACCCUAAGCGAUAACCACAUCAAGUCCGACGUGAACAAGUUGAGGAACCUGCUGAUCCAAUCAGGCCACAAGAUCAAGCUCGCCAUUGUAUUUCUGUCCGACCCUUCUGGCGACCACACGGACUACCUCCAAGAUCGCAUUGAGAUUAUUCGCAGGGGCUGUGCGCUUGACCCCAAGUCGGUCUUCCUCAUGCCCCCUAACGAGAACCACGAAGACCUUGCGCGCAUGGCCGAGAAUAUGUUGAUCACAUUAUACGGCGCUUCAAUGGAGUAUUACAAAGAACUGGGCAGGCAUUCCCGAAAGAAGAGAGGAAGGGGAGUUGCUCCGCCGCCAACCGUGCCACCAACAACAGGUACUUCCCAAACGCUUUCGCUGGCAGGAUGGAAUGUUCGUUAUGAUUUCAAGUCAGCUGUACUGGCCGAAUUUCGCCUGGAAAUGGAGAACGCCCUGCGCUCUUACGAACAAGCAUACGAGAACCUGCUAAGCUCAGAGGUUGUCGAACUAAUACCAAGUUGGAGUCCUCGCUGGAACGAGGCGCGGCUUCUUGCUGACGUGAUAGCCAUCCGCUCCAUUCGCUGCUUGUUAUGGGGCGCUCAGAACAGCGCGGCCGUUCGCAGGUGGCAAUUCCACCGCGAAAGGAUGGCGGAUCUUGUCGAGCGCCUUGGAAGAGGCACCAGCAACUAUGGGUGGGAGGCCUGGCAAGCACGUUGGGCAAUCGUCAUGGCGAACUUGAUGGAGAAGGCAGGCAUCCCAGAGCUUGAUCCUGCUGAGAUGCGACUCUACCUCAACCCAGAAAAGAACAUUAUGGGGGAACGACUACAACCCUGGGAGUUCCUUCACCAUACAGGUUAUUGGUAUCGUCUGGCUUCCAGGCACUUGUAUGCCCGGAGAGCCCGGGCUCGUGCGAUGCCUGAAGACGAUAGGAGACCACCAGGCUCUUCUCCGGCCUCUCACCUUGCGAGCAGGGGCUUCAUAUAUGACACCUUCAUGUGUCCAGAACCCCACGAGGAGUUUCCGCUGGAGCACAUGACCUAUAAGGGUGUGGAUCAUAACGGCAUGAUCAUCGACUGCCUAUCACGAGCACUUAACGAGUUUUUGCAGAGGGACCAAGCACGGCUGGCUGCUGAGUUGUCUCUAGAGUUAGCCAGGGAACUGAGUCUCAGGCAGGAAUGGGCCAAGGUUGUCGAGUUGCUGCGGCCUAUCUGGCAAACCAUGUCGUUCAGGAAGGAACGCUGGCCAACAUUGGCCGAGGAAGUUAGCUGGGCUCUAAGGGCAGCCGCUUCAAAGACUGGUGAUCUUGGUGAUGUCGUUACCAUUGACUGGGAAUUGCUGGACCGAGGCUUCACGAAACGCAAAAACUGGCAAUAUGACAUCACAAAGUCCCUACAACCAAUAACGCCGGAUCCCAAGCCGCUUGUCAAUAUCGCAGAUGGCCAGAUCAUCCCGCCUAUUUCAGCUACCUUUGUCUUCAGAGACGAGGAAGGGAAAGCAGGCCAGACCACCCGUGCCCAACUGUGCCUCCGUUCCAACGCCCAUGUCGAAUCCGCUCCCAUACCAUUCAGCAGGAUCGAGGUCAAGUUCAAUGGCAGCAUCAACACUCUCGUACUAAGACAUAAAAUACAAGAAGAAGAAGGCAGCAAGCGACAAAAGCAUGGUAACGUUGUUUUAUGUCCGGUACCCCUUGAGGAUAUCACCCCUAGCGAUAGAGAGCCGACGACAGAAGACUCGGCCGAGGAGGAUGAGAGAGGAACUGAGUUACAAGGCACCACCGACCUGACUCUUUCACCUGGUUAUACUCUCGUCUGCGUUAUGGACAUACCACUUCGCGAACAAGGCGAAGUAACCGCUCUUUCUCUCACCGCGACACUCGAGACUGAGUCCUUUGACCUCCACCAGUCUCUCAAACUCCGGGAUAUGCCCAACAUGACCCACAUUUGGUAUCCCACACCCUCAACCAGGAAGCGCAUCACCCGGCCAGUCAGUCCUCUGUCCCUCCGAAUCCUUCCAAGGCCUCCCAAGAUGGAGAUCAAGAGCGAGAUCAAGGAACAGUACUACACCAACGAGGCGAUAACACUCGACUUUGACAUCUACAACGCCGAAGACGUCGAGGCUCCUUCCAAGUUCGAUGCGCUCUUAUUCUGCGACGAGGACGAAGCGUCAUUGACUGCUCCGUCUUUCACAGUGGAAGAGAACAAGAAGAAAUCUUCCACAAGCAGCUCCUCCGGCCGCGAAUCCAAGGUCUCCUCUUACUUCCUCGGCGACAUCCAGCCAAGCACCACCACCACCGUCCGCUUACAUUUCCCACCCAUCGAGCGACCCAGCCGCUACGAGUUGACUCUCCGCGUAGUCUACCACCUGUCCACCAACCCCGGCACUACCAUCAUCCAAACCUCCGUCUUCCAACUCAACGUGCUCAACCCCUUCGAAGCCAACUAUGAGCUCCUCCCGCGCGUCCACCCCGACCCCUGGCCUUCCUUUUUCGACGCCGAAAACAUCCAACCUCUUUCCCUCCCGUCUCAAGUAGAAGAGGAGGACAACGACGCAGUAGUGCCCUACAAAGGCCUCCACCAAUCCUGGUCUCUCCUCACCCGCUACGCCUCCUUCGCCUCUGAAGAUCUCAAGGUCGUCGACGUAGACGUCAAACCAAUGACCUGCCUAAUCACCCGCCACCACCACGACGACUCAAACCUUCCCGUUGAAAAGGGUGGUGGCCACGUAAUGAAACCACACACCAUCGAAACCACCUCGUUCGAUAUCGUCGCGCAAAAAUUCAGUCUCGACGAUCGCGGCCCGGCACCACUUGACUUGGCCAUGGUCAUCCGAUGGAAACGGCUCCCCACACCUUCCUCAUCUCCAGAAACAUCUCCAUCUACAGAACAAGAAGAUGCCGAAGAAGAAGAAGAAACAGUAAUAAACACCACCACCCUCCCCUGCCCACGCUUCUCCCUCUUCGGCAUCGAACCCCGCGUGCUCGCCCACGUCACCUACCUCGACACCUAUAACCCAGACUCUUUUACUCCCCUGAUCCUCUUAAGGGUAAUCAUCGAAAACGCCUCCAACCACUUCUUGACGUUUGGCGUAUCGAUGGAUACCUCAAGUGAAUUCGCCUUCUCGGGCCCCAAAUUGUCGGCGGUGCCCGUGUUGCCUGUGAGUAGAAGGGAAGUGGAGUAUAGGCUUUUGCCUACUAGCCUGGGACCUGGAUCGGGCGAGACGGAAGAGAGGGAGGAAAAGAAGAAGAAAAAGGACAAGACGAGUGAACAGCAGGGAUACUGGAUCAAGCCAGGCUUGACUGUGAGAGAUAAGUACUUCCAGAAGGUGUUGAGGGUGAUUCCUGCGUCUGAGGGGGUGAGGGUGGAUGCGAAGGAGGGAGGGUUCUUGGUUUGGGUACCUACUGGUGAGGGGCCUGAUGAUGGUGAUGAGUAGAUAAUGUUGUGUUUUAAGGAUCAAUUCGUAAGGGAGAGAAAAGCAAGUCUUCAGCGAUUAAGUUUAAGUAUAAGCGAAAAAGCCUGUACAAGUAAUAGACUUGACCAUGAUAUCCGUC